AAUGUCUACAUGUCAACGCAUGGAGGUGGCGCUGGUAACAAUUGGGCGAGUGGUUAUGGGCAAGGAGGGGAAGUCUACGAGCAGAUCUUAGACAUAAUUGAGCGUGAAUCAGAGAAUAGCGACCAGAUGAAUGGUUUUUUGUUUACCCAUUCUGUAUCCGGUGGUACAGGAUCAGGAAUGGGUUCUCUCAUUCUAGAAAAGAUACGUGACAGGUUUCCAAAAAAAAUCAUCCUAACAUUCUCGGUGUUUGCAAAUCACGGCGACACCAGUGAUGUUAUUGUUCAUCCUUAUAAUUCAGUAUUGUCAAUGGAAAGGUUGAUAGAUUAUCCAGAUCAUGUUGUGGUCAUCGACAACGCUGCACUCAACAGGCUGGCUGCUGGAAAGUUUGAAACACAGCAACCGACUUUUGACCACAUUAACUCAUUGGUUGUUCGCAUUAUGUCCACAUCAACAGCGACGUUCAGAUUUGACUCCCACGUUCUGACUUCCAUACGUUCUCUAUGUAUAUCACCAAUGCAGCCUCUUCACUUCAUCCAAGCAGGUAAUUUGCUGAUAGCCGCUUCAAACUUUUUCUUGUUUGUUGUGGAUCAUCAUGGAACCUGCGAUUUGUCAUCAGUACUGAUAGGUUUCUCUCCUGUUGUUGAUCCAAAUGAGUCGUUUACCAGGAAGACUUCUGUUGCUGAUGUGGUGCGAAAUCUUCUGAAACCUUCCUCUAUGAUGGUUUCUACUGCGAGUAUGACAAAGCCAACGCAUUGUAUGCUGUCAGCUUACCUCUUCCUUCAAGGUCAGAUCACUUCGACGGAUGUAAACACCGUGUGCUUGUCGGAAAAUGUGUCUGGCCUAAUGCUCAACAACAACACUAGCAUUGCCCCUUUGUUUGAGCGUAUCCUUCAGCAAUUUGCUCGUCUUAGAAGCAAAAAUGCCUUUAUAGACAGAUUUCAAAAAGAGGAGGGCUUUAGCGUCGAUAUGAUGGAUAGUUCUGCCGAAAGAGUGCAGGAAUUGAUAGAUUUAUAUGGAGAAGCAGAAAAACCAGAUUUUCUUGGAUGA